AUGGAGGGUUCCUUGGCACUGCGGGCGCUUCAGUUGAAAGCUUACGCAGCGGCCAUUGAUGCCCUCCGUGUGAGUGAUCCGCUCAGUCCGAAUGCUCAACAAUUGGUUGAAUCCUUGAAGAAGACCUUCAAAAUCUCAGAGCCGAGGCAUUGUGCUGAAGUUCGCCGCGCUUGUUCCAACAGCGAUCUGCGCAAAGUCGAGCAGCAAGUGCGCGGAUGCGACACCUCGACUGCUUGGCUUCGUCGCGUCCGCCGCACCGUGCCAGCUUCGACCGAGCCGUUUGGCAUGGCGACCAUCGCUCAACGCAAACUCGCUGAUGACAUUCUCAAGAAGAUCGAAAAGACGCGGAUGAAGCCAAAAGUCCCUGUCCCUCUUCCUCAAGAAGAUACUGCCGCGAACGACUUGCCAGUUGUCGAAAUUCCUUCAAUCAGGAGCAAUUUCGAACCUCUGGCAAACGACGAAACGCGGAUAAAACUCCCCGGAGGAACAGUGAUCCGCAUCGGCGAGGAGAAACCUGAUUCCUCCAGUUCAAAGCCAGGUCGUAAAAGAAAAAGUGAAAUCGUCAUCAAAGAGGUCAUCGAGGCCAAAGUUCCCACGAUCCGUCCCAAGCGCGAUCGAAAACUCCCCAAGAGAUUUCAGCGCAGCCCGAACAAGUCCACUCAGAAGGUGAAGAAGGCUGUGUCACGAUUACGGAAACAGCUGAACGUCGACCGAGCGCGGUCAAAAGACGAAGUCAAGGAAGAAAAGGUCGAAGCCAAGACGGAGCCAGUUCAGCUGUCAACCAUUGUCAAGACAGAGCCUCCAACUGGUGCGAUCAUCAUUCAGCAGAAUGGCCGUCGACUUUCGCACAAAUCCGAUAAAUCUGAAAAUUCAACUCUUCCUUCUGUCAUCAUCAAAUCCGCAACGCCUCUUGCAAUUCCGGUGCCAGUCACUUGCUCCAGCUCGAAAGGAGCGCCAACGUCGGUAAUUCAGUCGCCCCCGGUCGCCCAAAGCUGUACUAUCGUUACCCUGCCAGUUACACAGCCGCUAAGACGGAGCAAUCCUUCGACGCCCUUCAUGAUGAACGACAUUCUCGGGGGCGGAGGUGGUGGGCCGCCUAUCGCGCCAAAAGGCACCGCCGUCAUUUUACCUAAUACCGUCGCUUCACGACCAGCUGGUGGCUCGAUCAUAAAGACUCUUCCCGAAAUCGCUCCAUCACGUGUAGGGGGGACACCCGAGGCAAGGCGCACGCCUACGCGCCCAGAGCCAAGUCCCGUAGCUUCCUCCUCGCGGCCUUCCUCUGUAGGACACCAGCGCCAGUCCACCAAGCCUACUCCGCACUCCUCUCUCGACCUGCCAAUUAGUUACUCAAGGGGACAAGUGACGCCUCCCACCGGUCGACUCGGUGCGGCUGAUCAUCAUUCACUGCGUCAGCUCUCGCCGAUUCCACAACCGCGUCAGGCGCCAAUGAGAAUUGUUCCCAUGUCGCAUAGUACGCAAUUUCCUCAAGCAUUCACCUUGCACCAGAGUGGCGCGGCGAUUCUAGCGCCGAAUCCUCACGAGCUCCAUCGAGCAUCCGUUCUACACAGUUCUCUAGAUCAAAGUUCACAACUGCUCCGCCCUCCGAUGCACCAGCUUCGUAUGUCCCAACCUAUGAUGUCAAACAUGAAUCAAACGCUCCAACCCCUGCUCCACAGCUCGACAAUGGGCUUGCUGAAUCCAAACCUAAAUGUCAAGCUCCAGAACGGGACCAACUACUAUGCUCUUGACCGCAAACUUAACUCCAACAAUCGCUAG